UGAGCGUUCCUUUCAGGGAGAACCGAUCUACGGCUCCGGCGAGGACGCACACGGGACGUCACGGGACCAGUGGAGCAUUCCUCUUGUUCUUCCUCGCACUUCCCCACCACUGUCCACCGGUGUUCAGAGGAUGGCCACAGAUGCUCAGCGACUGCUCGUAGGACUUCAGCUGCUUUGAUAUAUUUAUUUCCAACAUAAGAGCAGAAUUCAAGAGGACGUAUUUUGGACUGGACAGAAGAAGGAACCUACACGCGAAAGUUACGCACAGUUCUUUAUCUCCAUUUUCAUCCUUGCUGGACGCACGGGACUUUUGAGCCACAUUGGAGGUUCUAUAACCGAAAAGGUGUCCGGUUCGACUUUGUAAACUCCCCAGAGGCGCUGGAUAAGGACUUUAUUUUUUCCUCUUCUUGUUUUUUCAACUCAACGGGAGCUAUGAACGGACUGCGCAAGCACUUCACUAUGGGACUGGUGCUAGUGAUGUGCACGCUUACCGGCCACUGCGGCCGCAGCGCGCCCUCGCUGGCCAAGGGGUCGACCGCAGCCGGCGGCGGCGCGGUGCAUGUGGACUUGAGGCGGAUGGUGGAGAUCAUGAAACACGUGGAGGAGAGCCGGAGUCGACACGGCGCCAAAACGGAAUCCCCGUUAACGUCGCGGGCGCACACGUCCCCGGCGGCGCCAAAGGAUUUACGCAACUUGAAAACAGACAGAGGCGCUCAGGCUGUCGUUGUGUUCCCUAGGGAUGCCAGAAAGAAGGAGAAAUUCCUAAAACAUAUAACAGGUCCUCUCUACUUUCAUCCGAAGUGCAGGCAGCAAGUGUACAGAGUCUACCACCACACCAGAGAAUGCACGACGCCUGCAUACUUGAAGCGAUGUGCGCGGCUUCUCACACGGCUAGCUGGCAGCCUGCGGUGCACGGAGGGGUAGCACACACACACAAGGUUGACGCCAAACAUGUGUUCUCCAGAAGAAGAAGAAGAAGGAAGGGAGAAAACAAGCGAAGGAGAAAAAAAACAGUGCCUUGGACACUAAGAGGGACGCCUAAAAUACUCUUGACCCUCCCCGACUGAUAUUAUGCACAGUAUUGACAUUCAGUGAGGUCUGUUCUGUUGGCGCGUGGAUUACUGCCACCCACCGCCCGGACUGGGCCUCGAUGGUUCGCUGCCCCCACGGGGGAGAGACCCCACUACAAAACAAGAUCAAGAUUUAAACAUAAAGACGGUAUAACUGAAGGAAACAUGAACAACUGGAGGAGCCGGAAACAAACGUGGGGACCUUUUUUUUUCCUGCUGGCAUCCCCAAAAAAGAAGAAGUCAAAUCCCCCCAAAAAAAGAAGAAAAAAAGAGAAAGGGAUUGGAUAUUUUUUAUUUUGGUUCGUUUCCUUCACGGAAUGGACAAAUUCCAAAUGUACUAUUUUCAGUAUGGUUCGCCUUCUGCGAUUGGUUUGCUCUGUGUGAGUGUUUCGGGUUGAGCCCAGACGUACUACUGUACUACCUAUUACACUGACUAAACGUUCUCACGGCCCCCCCACGCUGGCACUCACGCCAUAGUUUCACCCACUUGUGCUCACACUGAGAAAGAGCUGUGAUUAAAUUAUUAAUUGCAUCAACAUUUCUCUGCGUCUUUGUGAGACAUGUUUUGCGACGAUGUGACGGUUGUAAGCCACGGCCCCCCCCCCGUGGAUCUCGGAAGAAUCGUGGUACGGUCUAUAUUUAUAAGAGUGUCACAAGGGUUCGCUGCACAUCAUGUAGGCCACGACCACAGAAACAUGUACAUACUGUAUAAAACAAAUCAUAAGAGGACUCCACCUAUCUACCAUAAAUUAAAGUGACUGGCAUUUAUCGUAUGGGUGUUGA